AUGGAUGGCUGGCAAUUCCAAUGUUCUAACACAACUUGCUUACCAUUUGCCACUUUCAGUGUGUCGAGCAUUGACAACUGUGAAAUGGCGUGUUUAGCUGAAGUCCAUUGUAAAGCAUUUAGUUUUCAUAAAUCAUCCUCUAAUUGUGAAUUAUUUGCUGAUAUAACAAACCAAAAUGGCAAUCUGGUGAUCAACACGGACACUGUUACUAUGAUUGUUAUGGAUGGAACACGAAUUCCACUUGUAUCCCUGUCAACAGCAACAUCACCAGCAGCAGCAACAUCACCAGCAGCAAUAACAACUCCAACAUCAGCAACAUCACCAGCAGUAACAAUAACUCCAACAGCAGCAACAACACCACCAGCCACAACAACACCAGCAGCAACAACAAUAGCAGCAGCAACAUCAUCAGUAGCAGGAACAACACCACCAGCAGCAGCAGCAACAUCAAAAGCAGCAGCAGCAACAACACCAGCAGCGGCAAUAUCACCGGCAACAUCACCAGCAGCAGGAACAACACCAACGGCAGCAACAACAACACCAGCAGCAGCGGCAACAUCACCGGCAACAGCACUAGCAACAACACCAGCGGCAGCAACAACUCCAGCAGCAACAUCAGAAGCAGCAGCAGCAACAGCAACAACACCAGCAGCACUAACAUCAUCCACGUCGUCAACAACAUCAACCACUUCAUCAUCGACAUCAUCUACUUCAUCAUCAACAUCAACAUCAACAUCAACAUCAUCAUCCACAACAUCAACAACAACAGCUGGUCAGUAA